GUACCUUCUGUAUGAUGUCAACCCCCCAGAAGGCUUCAAUCUCCGCAGGGAUGUCUAUAUCCGGGUAGCAUCCUUGCUGAAGACACUGCUCAAGACUGAGGAAUGGGUCCUUGUUCUGCCCCCAUGGGGCCGUCUGUACCACUGGCAAAGCCCUGACAUCCAUCAAGUCCGGAUUCCCUGGUCCGAGUUUUUUGAUCUUCCGAGUCUCAAUAAAAACAUCCCAGUCAUUGAGUAUGAGCAGUUCAUUGCAGAGUCCGGUGGGCCCUUCAUCGACCAGGUGUACGUCCUGCAAGGCUACGCGGAGGGCUGGAAGGAGGGCGCCUGGGAGGAGAAGGUGGACGAGCGGCCCUGCAUUGACCCUCUGCUCUACUCACAGGACAAGCACGAGUAUCACAGAGGCUGGUUUUGGGGCUAUGAAGAAACUCGGGGUCUGAAUGUUUCCUGCCUGUCGGUCCAGGGGUCAGCUUCCAUCAUCGCACCUGUGCUCUUAAAAAACACAUCUGCUCGGUCUGUGAUGUUGGACCGAGCCGAAAACCUGCUUCAUGACCACUAUGGAGGCAGAGAGUACUGGGAAACCCGGCGCAGCAUGGUGUUUGCAAAGCACUUGCGGGCUGUGGGAGAUGAAUUUAGGAGCCAGCACCUCAACUCCACAGACGCCGCUGAUAAGAUAGCCGUGGAGGAAGACUGGACGAAGAUGAAGGUCAAACUGGGCUCCGCGCUCGGUGGCCCCUACCUAGGAGUUCACCUGAGAAGAAAGGACUUCAUUUGGGGCCACAGGGAAGAUGUGCCCAGCCUAGAGGGUGCCGUGAAGAAGAUCCGAAGCCUCAUGAAGACUCACCAGCUGGACAAGGUGUUCGUGGCCACAGACGCCAUCAGGAAGGAGCAGGAAGAACUGAGGAAGCUGCUACCAGAAAUGGUGAGGUUUGAGCCCACGUGGGAGGAGCUGGAGCUGUACAAAGACGGAGGCAUCGCCAUCAUCGAUCAAUGGAUCUGUGCGCAUGCCAGGUUUUUUAUUGGCACCUCAGUUUCCACAUUCUCUUUUCGGAUUCAUGAAGAGAGAGAGAUCUUGGGGUUGGACCCCAAGACAACAUACAACCGGUUUUGUGGAGACCAGGAGAAAGCAUGUGAGCAGCCCACACACUGGAAGAUUGCAUACUGAGGGCCACCGCUCCACCACCCACCAGUCACUCGGUCACAGGGUCCCAGAGGAGGCAGCACACCUAAAGCCCGAAUUCCUUUUUGUUCAUGGCUGACAUCACAAAUGUGUCUUCUGUCAGGACUUGAGAACCCAUGUCCCCAUCACACAUGUCACAUGUGUGCCAGUCCAGAAGUGUGAGGAAUAUUUGUCAGUCCUGACAGGCCUUCCAACCACUUUGCCGAGCAAGCUGAGGAUGGCCAUGAGUGGCAACACCCUCAGGUGUGGAUCCUGAGAUGUUGGUCUGACUCUGUCUACUGAGAUUGUCUCACACAUGGCCAAUGUGAGCAGGUGCCAGGUUUUGCCUCACCCUCUCCCUGUGCGGUGCCCCAGCUAAUUUCCUCCUGACGUGGACAGCUCAGGCACUGUUCUCACCAGAGUGCUGGGAACCUCAGGACAGCCCUUGAGUUGCCAGUGACUCCUUCACCUCACUUCACCCAGACUCAUUGCACCCUGCUGAGAAACAGAAUUGAGAAGUGACAGAAAUGACCUUCAAAAGGCCACAUCUGAGACACCACUGCUUUAUGAAACCCUUUCCUAGGCCUCAUGCUGCACCAUGGGAGGCGGAGUCAGCACAGCCUUGGCCAGGGCAGUCCAGUUCCCUUGACCUGGUACACCGCCUUCCCCAGUGCCAUGCACUGAGCAGCCCCCACUCAGCUACUGCCCAGGUCUCCUUCCCAAGCACCAAGGUAGACCCUGAGCACAGACAAGGUCCUGUGGCUCACUCAGCUGAUCAGGUAGAAUCACGUAUUUAUUCUUUUCCAUUUGUACAUCCAAGUGUAUUAAUAAAAUACUUUUUCAAGAAAGCUGUAA